AUGGCCGUUAUUAGCUUUGGCCACCACUGGAAGGCCUGGACUGUGACCCUUCUGUUCUACGUGUACACACCCAGCCAUGAGCCGGUAUAUGUACCUGAGGUCGACAGUAGCCAAAGCCCGGAGAAGGUCGACAGUGGCCAAACCCCGGACAUCGACUAUGCCUCGCCACGAAGGACAGAGCGAGUCUUACCCGACUUCUGCGAUGCCUUCGAUGUCAGCAAGAUUGCCAUCUCCAUCAAAACCGGAGCAACAGAACCUCGGAACAAGAUACCAACUCAGCUGAUGACAUUUCUUCGAUGUAUCCCGGAUGUCAUGCUAUUUAGCGAUCUCGAGCAAUCUAUUGGAGCUCACAAGCUGGAAGAUGUGCUAUCCUCGUUUUCGGAAGCCUCUAUGCAAAACAACGUGGACUUCGACCUCUACCGCAAGCAGCAGGAGUAUGCUAAGCAAGGCCGUGAGACCGAAUUGGGCAAUCUCGGGGAGAUACCGAUCCCUUACGAUGACUGGCGGACUUCAGGCAAGAGCGCCGCUUGGGGACUGGACAAGUAUAAAUUCCUACACAUGAUCCAGCGGGCUUGGGAGCGUCAGCCGAACAAAGCCUGGUAUGUCUUCAUCGAGGCCGACACGUAUCUAUCGAUCAGCAACCUGCUGCGCUUCCUGGACACGCAAGACCCGAAGCAGAAGCUUUACUUUGGAAAUAAUAUACGGAUGUGGGAGCAUCCUACUCCGUUAGACUUUGCGCACGGCGGCUCUGGCUUUAUAUUAUCCGGAGCUACAGUCAAAGCCUUCGCUGCGGCGAAGACCAGCAUCGCACGCUCAUUCACUCCAGGUCGGAUCUCGCAGUGGUGGUACGGCGAUUUCGUGGUCGCUGAUGCACUGGAUGAAGAGCUAGGCGUGAAGGUGACCGGCCUCACACCCAUGAUCAACUCAGACGAACCUGCCGUGCUCCCUUUCGACCGCAACGUCUGGUGCAAACCCGUCAUCACCCUCCACCAUAUGGACGCACGCCAAUUCGACGAGAUGUACAAGUUCCAGAAAGCUCGCAAUUUCUCCGAGCUGCUCUUCCGGGACGUCUACGCCGCGACGGCGCACAGCAACGGCAUACCGCUUAUGGGCGAACUAUGGGACAACCUCUCCGACGACGAGAGGUACGGUCUGGAAAUCCGACCAAACGAUCUCAGCCGCAUCAAAGGAGACGAAGAGAACGAACGCCUCCGGGACCCCAACGCUUCAUACGAAGCUUGCGAAGCUGCUUGCGAUCAGAAUGGGCAUUGUUUCCAAUUCUCGCAUGUCGUUAAGAUGAGGCAGAUCGACGAAGGAAGACCGGGCGAGCAAAGGAAGUGUCAUCUGAGCAAGGUGUUUCGAUUCGGGAAAGAGGUGCUGCCGGCGGAGCACGAGCCCGGGACGCAGUGGACGAGUGGCUGGAUGACGGAGAGGAUUCGGAGGUUUGUGGAUGGGAAUCGGGAGUGUCCCGAUGUUGUGUGGGAUGUUAUCUGA